ACUGAGGAGGUAAGCAUGCUGCUGGAUAUGUUACUCAUCCUUCAUCUUCAUGUGCUAGUCGUAGCAUCUUCAUCCUCCGCUGAGGAAGAUGAGAGCAGUGAGAGGGAUGCCCAACAGAGUAAAGGUUCUUCUCAUCAGCACCACUGGGGUUACCACGAUCAGGACACGUGGUUAUCUGUGUUUGAACACUGUAGUGGAAAAUCUCAGUCUCCAAUCAACAUAGACACUCAUAAGGUUUUCUAUGAGCCCAGACUCCCUCCCAUUAAACUGGAGGGUUAUGAUCUCACCGGCUCUCACGCUCUCACCCUCAUCAACAACGGACACACAUUACAGCUGAGUCUGCCGAGCAGCAUGCGUAUCAUGAGUGGAUUCGAUCACGUUUAUGUCGCAGCCCAGCUUCACUUCCACUGGGGAACUAAAGAGGUCCCUGGCUCAGAGCACACCAUAGAUCAUGUUCAUUUCCCUGCUGAGAUCCACGUGGUUCAUUAUAACUCCAAAUAUGCAGAUCUGGUUGAGGCUGCUAGUAAAGCUGAUGGACUGGCAGUGUUAGGAGGAUUCAUAGGUAUUGGCCUUCAUGACAAUGACAACUAUGAGAAGAUUCUGUCUGCGUUAACAGACAUCAGCAUAGAGGAGUCAGACACUGAGAUUCCUGGUUUUAAUGUGCGCCAUCUACUGCCGGACAGCUUGGACAGGUUUUAUAGGUACAACGGGUCCCUGACGACCCCACCGUGCUUUCAGACGGUCAGCUGGACUUUGUUUAAUGACUCCAUCAGAGUCUCAAGAAGACAGCUGGCAGCCUUGGAGGACACACUGAAAACUGAACACAACAAGCUUUUGUCCAAAAACUUCAGAGCUCCACAACUUCUGCAUGGGAGAAAAGUGCUGGCAUCUUUCCACACAGAAUCCACUACAAGAAUAGCCAGUAAAGCUCCAUCUGAAACACGAGAUAACAAUAUAAUGGAAUCUAACGGUUGUUUUUUUCUCACAGGACACAUUCUGGCGGUUAUCUUUGGGGUUCUGUUUGCCGUCACAUUGCUGGUCUUUUCCACGUACACAUAUCGACAGCAGAAAAAGUACUCAAAGUUUAAAAAAGAUUCCAAGCCAAAUGUUAUUUAUAAACCAGCCGCCGUUGAAAAAGACAUAGACCCAACCUCUGUUACUGUAUCAUAAACCACAUUUUAAUUCA